AUGAAGAAACGAUUCCUCCAAAAUGUCCGUUUUGCCCCUGCUCCUUCUCCAUUUGUCCAAAACGACUUCUUUCAUCUCAAAACCAAAGCUUUCUUGAUCCACAAGCUUUCAGAAUCUACCAACCUCUUUCUCACGAGUUUAUUACAUACACUGACUCUAAAAAUUGGUUUCGCAAGUGACACUUUCACUGUGAAUCACCUCAUAAAUCGCUAUGUCAAGCUCAGAGAAAUCAACACUGCACGCAAGUUGUUCGAUGAAAUGCCUGAACCAAAUGUCGUUUCCUGGACUUCGGUUAUUUCAGGGUAUAACGACAUGGGUCAAUCUCAAACUGCUCUGUGUAUGUUUCAGGAAAUGCAUGAAGAUGGAUAUGUGUCUCCCAAUGAGUACACGUUUGCGAGUGUCUUUAAAGCUUGUUCUGCUUUGGCUGAAUUAAGAAUAGGGAAAAAUAUUCAUGCCCGUCUUGAGAUUUCUAGGUGCAGAGGCAACACUGUUGUGAGUUCUUCUCUUGUUGACAUGUAUGGGAAAUGCAACGAUGUGGAAAUCGCUAGACGGGUUUUCGACUCGAUGAUUGGUUAUGGCAGAAAUGUUGUUUCUUGGACCUCGAUGAUCACGGCUUAUGCGCAGAACGCUCGUGGCCAUGAGGCUAUUGAGAUUUUUAGAUCGUUCAAUGCUUCUUCAACGUCGGAUAGGCCGAAUCAGUUUAUGUUGGCUAGUGUUAUUAGUGCUUGCUCUUGUUUAGGUAGGUUACAAUGGGGUAGAGUUGCUCACAGUGUAGUAACUAGGAGUGGUUACGAAUCAAACAAUGUGGUUGCUACCUCGCUUCUAGAUAUGUACGCGAAAUGCGGGUCUCUAAGCUGUGCGGAGAAAAUCUUCUUGAGGAAUCGCAGUGAUUCUGUAAUAUUGUACACAUCUAUGAUCAUGGCAUUGGCAAAGCAUGGACUUGGAAAAGCAGCGCUUGAACUAUUUGAAGAAAUUGUUGCAAAGAGAAUAAAGCCUAACUAUGUAACAUUACUCGGUGUAUUACACGCUUGUAGUCAUUCGGGUCUGGUCAACAAAGGGUUAGAAUACUUGAACACUAUGAAUGAGAAGCACGGUGUGACUCCUGACCCGAGGCAUUACACUUGUGUUGUUGAUAUGCUUGGAAGAUUUGGCCGUGUUGAUGAAGCUUACGAUCUGGCGAAAACAAUAGAAGUUGGAGCAGGGCAAGGUGCGCUCUUGUGGGGAGCUCUUCUUUCAGCUGGUAGGUUACAUGGAAGAGUUGAUAUUGUUGGUGAAGCGAGCAAGCGGUUAAUACAGUCGAAUCAGCAAGUCACAAGUGCGUAUGUCGCCUUAUCCAAUGCUUACGCUGUCACUGGAGGAUGGGAAGAUUCAGAGUCUCUUCGAUUAGAGAUGAAGCGUAGUGGAAAUGUGAAAGAACGAGCUUGUAGCUGGAUUGAGAUUAAAGAUUCAGUUUAUGUUUUUCAUGCUGGGGAUUUGUCGUGUGAUGAGAGCGGUGAGAUUGAGAGGUUUUUGAAGGAUCUAGAGAAGAGAAUGAAGGAAAGAGGACACAGGGGAAGUAGUAGUAUGAUCACAAGUUCAUCGGUUUUCGUUGAUGUUGAUGAGGAAGCUAAAGAGGAAAUGGUGAAUUUGCAUUGUGAGAGAUUGGCUUUAGCUUAUGGACUGAUUCGUUUGCCUGUAAGAUCGACGAUUCGGAUUAUAAACAACUUGAGGAUGUGUAGAGAUUGUCAUGAAGCUUUCAAGCUCAUCAGUGAGAUUUUUGAGAGAAAAAUUGUUGUUAGGGAUGUGAAUAGGUACAGAUUCAAGAGUGAAAGCUUUGAUGCAAAAGGUUUAAACGAGAUCGCUUGCAAGAAAUAA